AUGCUGAAUAGUGUCGAACGAAUAUCACAAAUAAUACCGAAAUUGAAACAACAGCUACUUUUCUUGGAAGAGCGAGAGAAAUUAUUUCGACAAAUUGAAGAUGGUUCAAUUUCAUGUGAUGGUUCAUUAUCUAAUACAUCUGUUAUAUCUAAAACAUCAGCAUUGAGUUUACUAAAUGCUCAAGCACCAUCUGGUCUUUCAAUUAGUUCACAAUCAUCACCUUCUGCUCAUCUAUCAAAUGCAAAUCUUGCGGCAACAAUGUCUACAAAUAGUUCAAUGGUUGAUCAAACUAUCGCUGCUGCUACUGCUGCUGCUGCUGCUGCUGCUGCUGCUGCUGCUGCUGCAGAUGCACUGCCAUCUUUUCCAGAUACGUAUGAAAUACCAGCAUUACCGAAAGCUUUGUUGAAAGACAUCGAAGUUGGAAAUCUUAAAACUUUUGGGCCGCAUUGUCAGGGUCGACAGAUACUAAUCGAUGCAGUGGUUCACGAUCUCAUUGAAAAUUAUGACUUACUUUAUUUAUCGAAAACACAAUACAAUACUGUUGGUUCUGCUGUUGUGCGAUGUUUGAGAUUACCUUUAACACCGGAGAAUGUAGCGAUUUGGAAAGACGCAUUACAAACCAAAUUCAAACGAACACGUUCUGAUCAUUCAAACAACAGCCUUGUUCAAGAAUUUCGAUUGAAAUAUGCAAAUCCGGGGUCAGGUCGUCCAGUGAAACAGAAAAUUGGCUCAGUUGCUGAACGUGAUCGACAUAAACAGAUGGUGAUUAUGCAUGGUGACAAUGAAAUAUCCGAUGAGAUUCAGUUGAAGGCGGUACAGUUGUGUGAUUUUGAUCGAUUGGAUGUCGAUACAAAAUUACGUUUAUGGAGAGAGACAUUCGGUUUUCGUCGACAAGCUGUGCGUGAUCAGUCGACGAGCGAUAUUAUGAAGAAAUUUCCUGCCUACAAUGAACCUCAUCUGGUUUUUGAAGAAAUAAAAAUGUUGGUGGACCUAGAUUUAAGAAAAGAAGUUCGACGGCAAGUUCCCAUUCUACUGGAUAAAUUAGUCGAAACUAAUUCAUUUAUUGCUGAUGUACCACCUAUUCGAUUGAUUAAAAUCUUAUGUCGAAAAUUUGGUGAAACCAUUCAACAUAUAUUUUGCGAAAAGGAGGCACCGACACCGUAUCCUACAUUAGUCUCAAUUGACGACGUCAUUCACAUUUAUGUUGAUUUCUGUCCGAUUCUUUCUACACAUUCACCUGAUGACGCUCUCGGGCUUCUAAUUGGAAUGUAUUCUGUGUUUGAACUUUCAUUCGACAAAAAGAGCAGAACAAUUCGAUUUUUAUAUUGUGUUUUGCACGGCGAUAAACAAUUUCUCUCUAAUUCAAUUCGGGUGUUAAUAAAAGAGAAGAAUAUUGAGAUUCAUCGAGAACGUCUUCAACCGCCAUCUGUCUCGCCUCAUUCUAUCUCGACCAAUGCGACAAUACUUAGCACGGAAUCUCAAAUUCAAUCACGAAUCGUUACGAAUUCAUCGAGUCAAUCCACUGAUGAACAUAAUUCUGCUUUGAUUGAUCAAUCAACGGAACCGGACAUUUCGACUCAUUCUCAUUCAAUUGUAGACGUUGCCUGUGUCACAGAUGAAUUCAAUCAUAAUAAUGACGAUGUGAUGCGGUCUGAUUGCAGUUCCAAACUUCAAGGAAGAAAGAGACGUAAACGAAAACAAGUUUCGAAUGAAGAAGAACAAGAUGCGACAUUGAUGAGCAAUGCUGGUCAGAAACCUGUUGAAUCUUCUCAAAGUCGUCUUCCACUUGCGAAUAUGACAAAUUCAUCUGUUACAUUAAGACAAUCAAAACGUAGACGACAAAUUUAA